AUGGAGGUGCUAGUCAUGGACGAGACAUUGCUUGCUGUUCAGUAUUCCAAGUACCACGGCGGUCCAUCAGCCCUUGAGUAUAUGAUAUCAUGCCCGAUGCCGACGCCGAAUGUGUUCGAGAUGUUGGUGAAGGUGGAAGCCUGCGGUGUCAACGUUGUGGACUGGAGGUUCCAAGAUGACUUGCGUAAGUAUGUUGUUCCUUGCAAAUUCCCUCACGUCCCAGGCUGUGAUUUAAGCGGUGAGGUGGUGAUGCUUGGACCUUGGGUCGUGGGUUUUGAACCAGGUGAAAAAAUCAUCAGUUGGAUCAGCCCAGUGAAAGGAGGCGGAUAUGCGGAGUAUGCUGUGACUGCAUCAGCAACGACCAUGAAGAGACCCCCAGGCGUUUCAGUGGUGGAGGCAGCGUCGUUACCCCGUCUGCCAAUGACCGCUCUCCGGAGCGCUGUCCAAGUAGCUGGCCUCAAGCUUGAUGGAUCAGGCCCAAAACUGAACGUUCUCAUCACUGCCGCUUCUGGGGAGGUUGGCCCGUUCUGGACCCAGAUUGCCAAACUAUGCGGCUGUCACGUGACAGCCACAUGCGGAUCUCACAACACGGAGCUUGUGAGAAGCCUGGGAGCUGAUGAAGUGCUGGACUACAAGAGCACCGAGGGUGCGAAGUACACUAGCCCUUCUGGGAAGAAAUCCGAUGUCGUGGUGCACCUCGCACCCUAUAAGCCAGAACAGCCUUCACGGCGCAACUCACAAAACGCGGUGCAGUCAUCUACAUGA